UGACCCGUAUCGCAAAAGCCUCGGUUUUGGCAUCUUGCAGAAAUUGGCGUUGCUUGACAAGCGAUAAGCCCCCCCUGUCUAGUCGCAUCAUUGCCGGCCGCAAUGGUGUGAUCCCGGUACCCCCUUCGACUUCCUUGGUCGGCUCUCAGGACCACUCGUGAGGUCAGAUAUGGUGCGGAUGGCGUGCAUGCGGUCGGAAGAGGGGUUAUACUUCGCCAAGUGCAUGUUCCACGUUAAUCUCGCAUGCCCCUCUAUCAGAGCCGUCUUAAAAGGAGACCUGCUGGCCCACGGACUCCUGCAAUGCGAAAUUUCUCAUAGAGCAAAGUGAUUCAACCAUGGCAGCAGUGAAAGGACCCCAAAUCAUACAAAGCGACCUUGUUUCGUUAAAUGAUCAUGAGCACCACCCCACGGUGUCUCUUAAGUCGCUGGUCAAUGAGACGGUCUUAGCCGACAGAACAAAGGAGGAAGCUCGUCCAGCUUUCGAAAUCGAAGAACACCCAAUUGAUCAAGUCCGUCCAAUCAAAGUCGGUGUGAUUGGAGCUGGUCUGGCGGGGAUUACAGCGGGGAUCUUGUUUCCUGCAAAAGUGCCAGGUCUGGACCUGCGGAUCUAUGAGAAGAACGCCGGUGUGGGCGGCACCUGGUUCGAAAAUACCUACCCCGGAGUACGAUGUGAUAUCCCCGCGCAUGUCUACCAGUCCGGUUUCUCGCCGAACACACAAUGGACUGAAGAGUUCGCCCAAGGACAUGAGAUUCGCGAGUAUUGGCAAAGGCUGGCGCGCAAAUACGACGUUCACAAAUACCUCCGACUCCAACAGCAAGUCGAGCAGGCCGUGUGGCUGCCUGAAUUGGGUAAAUGGCGUGUGACUCUGCAGGAUCUCGGGGAGUCCAAACGACGAUACGAGGAAGACCUUGACAUGGUCAUCAAUGCCAUCGGCCACUUCAACGCCUGGCAGCUGCCCGACUACCCUGGGAUAGAUCAGUUCUCCGGUGCCCUUUUCCAUUCCUCCAACUGGAAUCACGAUGUCGACCUGAACGGCAAGCGCAUUGCGCUCAUCGGCAACGGGGCGUCCGGAUUACAAGUCCUGCCCUCGAUCCAACCCAUUGCCCAAUACGUAGAUCAUUACGCACGAAACAAGACCUGGAUCGCCGACUCCUUCGGCACCUCUGGCGUGCGUCGACUCGAACCAAACCUCUUCUCCCCCGACCAACUCGAGUCCUUCCGCGACCCCGACGCCUACCUCGCAUACCGCAAGAGCGUCGAAGCCGGAUACUUCUCCCGCUUCGGCGCCAUUUUCAAAGACUCGCCCGAGAACAACAGUCUCCGCGAGAAAUGGACCGAACUAAUGAAAUCCCGCGUCGGCGACGACGCCGACCUCGCCGACAAACUCAUCCCCGACUUCCCCCCCAACUGUCGCCGCGCCACCCCAGGCCCAGGCUACCUCGAAGCCCUGACCAAACCCAACGUGAACUACAUCCAAACGCCCAUCCAACGCUUCACCCCCACCGGCAUCAUCACCACCGACGGCAUCGAACGCCCCGUCGACAUCAUCAUCUGCUCCACCGGCGCCAACGUCGACCACGCCCCGCCCUUCUCCAUCAUCGCCAACGGCAUCGACCUCAAAUCCGCCUGGAAACACACCGGCCUCUACGGCUUCCCCUACAACUACCUCGGCGUCGCCACCCCCAACUUCCCCAACCUCCUCUGGAUCGGCGGCCCCCACUCCACCGGCCACGGCGGCAGCGUCCCCAACAGUCUCGAAAACCAAAUCACCUACAUCUCCAAACUCCUCCGCAAACUCCGCAGCCAGGGCAUCAAAGCCAUGGCCCCCUCCCCACAAGCCGCCGACGACUUCGUCGAAUAUUGUGAUAAAUUCUACCCGCGCACGGUCUGGACCGCGAAUGACGACUCCACGCCGGGCAAGAAGAACUGUCGGUCGUGGUAUAAUGGUGGUCGACCGGGGGGGAAAGUCCAUGGCUUGUUUCCGGGGAGUGCGGCCUCGUUGAAUUAUCUGCGACGGGAUCCGAGAUGGGAGGAUUGGGAUUAUACGUAUGUCAAUCCGAGUGGGAAUCGGUUUGCGUAUUUUGGGAAUGGCUGGACGACGCGGGAGACGCUCCCGGAUGCGGAUCUCACGCCGCAUUUGAAACGGCCGGAUACGAUUGAUCUGAGGACGUAUUUGGAGGGGUGGUGGGAUGUUUAG